AAUAUUGUGUUCUUUGUUAAUGAGUGAUGAUAGCUUCAUAUGCUUUUGUCGGUUAAUCUCGAUCACUGCGUCUUACAUGAGCAUUCGGAAAUAAAGAAUGAGAACAGUACUGCAUCCACAACCGGAAUUAUCUUAAUGGCCAGCGAAUCACACGAAGAGAAUACACCGCUACUGGGCUUGGAGUCCGACCAUUCUCCAUUCCUCCCCAUUGUAAAUAUUUACCCCGAAGACCCGGAAUUCACGCUAGUAGUUAAAAAAGCCGUACACGCUAUUGAACACGGUGUUUAUCCGGAGCGGAUUUAUCAGGGAUCCAGUGGUAGUUAUUUUGUGAAAGAUAUAAACGGCAAUAAAAUUGCCGUUUUCAAACCAAAAGAUGAAGAACCUUAUGGUCGCCUUAACCCAAAAUGGACGAAGUGGAUGCACAAGCACUGUUGUCCAUGUUGCUUUGGUCGAUCGUGUUUGGUGCCAAAUCAAGGCUACAUAUCCGAAGCAGGAGCUAGCUUGGUGGACGAUCGGCUGAAAUUGGGCAUAGUUCCUAAGACAAAGGUCGUGCGAUUAGUGAGCGAAAGUUUCAACUACAGUGCUGUCGAUCGGGCCAAAACGCGCACGAAACAGCACUUUGCCACACGAUUCCCCGAAAUCGGUCGUCACUUCCAUCGUCUCGGCCUGCCACCGAAAAUUGGGUCCUUACAGCUAUUUGUCUCCUCCUGUCACGAGGCUGAUUACUGGCUUCGGCGGUUCGAUCAGGAAGCGCUACCAAAGUCCACCGAACAGGAUUUCCAGCUACAAUUUGAGAAACUGGUCGUUUUGGAUUACAUCAUCAGAAAUACAGAUCGUGGGAAUGACAAUUGGUUGAUCAAAUACGAAACCUCAGACCUAAAAGAAGGGGAUACCGGUCAGGACCAGCACAAUGAUUGGGGGCUGGUCAAAAUGCCCAAAGUUAAAGUGUACGCUAUCGAUAAUGGACUGGCAUUUCCGUUCAAACACCCGGACGAAUGGAGAGCCUAUCCGUUUCAUUGGGCUUGGCUACCCAUUGCCAAACGACCGUUUUCUGAAGCGAUCAAGGAUGCAGUGCUACCCCUCCUGUCCGAUACCCACUUUGUGAACAGCCUCGUGGGAGAUUUGCAUCAGUUAUUCAAGGAGGACCCUGGGUUCGAUCACUCCACCUUCGAGAAACAAAUGUCUGUUUUGCGUGGCCAAGUUGUGAAUCUUGUCGCCGCUUUACGCGAUUCCAAAAGUCCGCUCGAACUGGUCCGAAUGCCAGUGCUAACUUUGGAACGACAGUCACGCAGGCGCCGCCCCAGAUGGCCCCACGAACGCUUGGCUGCUGGUUUAGCUCAACAGAAUUUGGCCGAUACUUCGAACGAUCAGUUUACGAGUACAUUUGCAGCUGCUUUUGCCUCUUCUAGUCACGUGGAUGGGACUCUAGGAACUUCAGCGCCUGCUUCAACUAAUCAUCGACUAGUUGGUGAAGAAUCCGCACCAGAUGGUCUCGCCGUGGGUGAUUUGGGAAAUGCCAGACAAAUUGAGUCGCUGUUCGAUAAGUCGUUGGAACGAGGUUUAGUCACAUUCCCCGCAUCCCAUGAGUAUCGCAAUUCGAAAUCGUCAGAGGCUGAAGCAGACAGUUCAACGAGACAACGGAAUCCGUCCGAAGCCAGCGAUGAGGAACGCUAUACUUUGGAGUAUCGCCCCAGACCGUUUUUCAAACGCUUCUGAUGCCUUCACAAUCCUCUAUCUACCUCGCCUUUCGAGACGUUGCCGUUACUGUUCGAUAUCUUUAGUCCGUCCAUUCUAAUCCCGGCUGAUCGCAGAUGUUUCCGAUCUGACGCCGGACGAUUCUCUUCUCCUUCUCAUGCCCGUAGGUACCCAUCGGAGCUUGUCUGGCGCGGAAUCAUCUCCCUUCUUCAAGCAGAUCACAAUCGCUCUCAUUGAUUUGUUUUCUUUAUAUGCCUUAUUUUUGACUUCUGAUAUCGUGUAUCGGUCUCACACACCCUCAUCUUCUUCCACUUGUGCUGGUCCGUUGGGUGCUCCCGAAUCACCUUAUCUCCGGUGUUUCUGUCAUAUGGGAAACGCUUCACACAUGGACGGUUGACGGUUGUGCUAUCCCUAUGGUAUUUCCCCAUCCCCGUAUGCCUUUUGUCCCGCCCCCGAUAAAACCACAUCAGCUGUC